AUGGUAUCCGGUCAAGAUGACUCCGGUGAUGCGUUGCUCGUAGAUUUUGAUUCGAACGCAUUUGUAGCUUCCCCUUAUUCUGAAACGACGUCGUUUUCAAAUCAUCAUCAUCAUCAUAAUAAUAAUAAUAGUCAAGUUGUUGUUACAAGAGAGCGUGGCAAAAAUUCCAAGCUCAUCAAUACUCUUAUCGUCAUAACCUCACCUGAAGCAGCUCUGGUCUUUGUUGAUGCCUGGAGAGCUGCUGGGUCACCAAGCGUCAAGGUAGCAGCUGUCGGAACUGGUACAUCAAGCAUAUUUGAUGGCAUUGCAGGUUCAUCUAAGCAAUUCAUUGACAUGGCUUUUGUCCCAUCAAUAGCAACCGGAAAGGUUCUUGCCUCGGAACUUCCAAAGCAUGCAAAUGAAGGAUGCAGUGUUUUAUAUCCUGUUUCUGCAAAAGCUGGUCAUGACAUCGAGCAAGGCCUUUCCAUGCGUGGAUUUCAGGUUACCCGAUUGAAUACUUACUCAACGGAAACUGUUCAGCACGUGGAUCAAAUGAUUUUUGGGCAAGCACUCUCUGCUUCGGCCGUUGCCGUUGCAUCACCUUCUGCAGUUCGAGCAUGGGUAGAUCUCAUCUCUGAGUCAGAGCGGUGGGGUGCUUCUGUUGCAUGCAUUGGUGAAACCACUGCUUCAGCUGCAAAAAGAAUGGGCCUAAGAAAUGUUUACUAUCCAUCCAGGCCAGGUCUCCAGGGGUGGGUUGACAGUAUCAUUGAUUCUUUAGGCAUCCAUAAGCAAGUGCAGAAGACGAGGGGGACACCGUGUAGAUAUUUGCUAAGGUAAAGUUUCUAGAAAUGAACCACUAGAAGUAAGCGGCUGUAUGGGUUGAGAGAUGUACAUGCUUCUUAGAUUUGUAUAUAUUUUCAUCCUAUUGUA